AUGAUCUCGAUCGGCCCGGACGAUCCUGGAGCAGAUCUGAUGUUACAGUUCCUUUCUCUGGGGACAAGGCGUAGGCCAUAUUAUGAAGCUUUGCUUGGUGCGAUUAAGAAAACGUGGAAGCUAAAAGGUUCUCUCGGGAUGUUUUCCCUAAGCGAUGGUUUUUUUCUCUUCCCCUUCUCCUGUUCGGAAGAUUUUGAUUUGGUCUGGAGCAAAGGUGUUUGGUUUUUACUUGGUAAACCUUUCAUCUUGCAGAAAUGGCACCCAAAAUUUAAACCCUGUAGAGAAAACUUCUCUAAUGUCCCUAUAUGGGUGAAAAUCCAUGACCUUUUUCUUGCAUGCUGGAACUCUGAAGGGAUCUCUCGCAUUGCAAGCAAGAUUGGCAUUCCCCUGGCGGCUGACUCCCUCACCGCGAAGAAAACCAGGUUGACUUUCGCAAGGAUAUGUGUUUUGGUUGAUUGUCAUGCUACGUAUCCUGAGGAAAUCAAAGUUUCCCUAGAUGGUGACAUUGUUGCUUUGAAAGUUCAAUAUGAAUGGAGGCCUUCUCCACGUGAACACUGUAAGUCUUUAGUUCAUUUCUUCUCUUUCUGUCCUGAGAAACCGCAAGCUGAUGGUGGCAAAGGCGAGGCCUUUACCAACAAACUUCCUCCUCGGGGUAGAAGUCAAAGCAACCCUCUCGAAACAGCCACCUGGACAAAUUGCCUCCACAUCUUCUUCCCUUCCAGUUAA